ACAGCGACAGCCGAUGUUUGAGUGAUAACUCGACACUGCACGUGUUAAUACAAUUUUCCGCAAUAACCUAACUGAGAUCUCUGUUCGUGUCAUCAAUAAAUUUAAAGAACUGCGUUUGCAGUCAACUCCUUUGUAAAGAAAAUCGAUUGGAUCCAACUACGUUGACAAUAUAAAAAUCUCUCGGUGCAAUACCUUUUGUCUGCUAUGGCACCACGUGGGCUUCUUGUGCUUGCACUUACGGUGCACGUAAUGCUACACUUUACGACGGCAAAGCACAUCUUGUUUGUGGAACAGUGGUCACCCCCACACCCAAUGCCAAUUACAUCAUCCUCAGCAUCGUCAACACCAAACACUUCCUCUUCGUUCUUUCAUUGCAUCUGUGCGUCACUGCCACCCGCACACUGCGAUGUCCACUUCGCUCUGACAAACUGCGUCUGCAAAUCUCACGCAGCCUCUGCUAAUAAUGAGACAUCCAUCCAAGAGACACACGUGGAAAUAAGCAAACUCGUUACAGAUGCUGCUGCAGCCAUGGAAAGUCUGUCACUGUGGCUUUGGCAAGAUUCCCCUGACCUGGCUGUGCGUUUGUCCCAUGCCCUGGCCAGCGAGUGCCCACUGCAUGUGAAUUCACUUCACAUAUCGCGCUGCAUGUUCAGUGACAAACCCAUCAAUGAAGAGGGAGGUGCCUACAACACGGAGGGAGCCGUUGGCGGUGAUUGCACCAAAACGGAAGAAAAUGGUAGUGGUGGUUGCGUGCUCAUGCUGCAAGGGUUGCGGGAGGUGUGUGCGGAUUUCCACACAGAUGACGACGGCGCUGUCCGUUCGUGCUUGCUUCUUCGCGGCAAUAUUUAUGAAGACCCAAACGAAUAUGCUAAUGUUAAUGUCGGGCAUAAUGAUAACGUUGCAGAUAAGAGGGGUAUAUUUGGUAUACAUGCUAAUAAUGAUGUAAACCAUGAAGCUCGUGAAAACACGGUUAAUAGCGGUGAAGUUGAGAUGGCAUUGGUGCUUCUUUCCCUUCCUGCCAUACCCCCUGGACUACGUGCAGUGACACUCCCCCUGAAUGGUGACACAUACGCCCAGGUAAUGCCCUGCUUGGAUCAUGCAAAGAAUUGUGUCUCUUCUGAAAAAAUACUACUUACACUAAUUUACUGACCGAGUAAAUUCGUGCACAGAACCUAUAAUUGCAUGUUAAGUAUUUCCUUAAUCAUGUGUAGAAUGAAGGUAAACACUUCACUUCAGGACUGCUUAAAAUGUGUUUGGAUGUUACUAUGGUACAUCGUAAGACCGAUAGUCUUAUUCAAUUUCUGUUUGGAUAUCGACUAGGCCCAUCAUACCUUGACAGGCAACACAAUAAGAACCACUUUGAAGUUAAAAGUGGUUGUCCUAUGGAUUCAACAUUUGUCCCUGCCAUGUGAAUUUGGAAUUUCCACCAUUCAUCUCGGUACCACCAACAGAGCCACCAUCUUGUCUUGAUCUACGCUUAUCGUUAGACUUAUAAACAUGAAAAACACAAAUCAAGAAACUGCGCAAGUAGGAGACAGGUAACUUUAUUAAGGGUGUCCAAUCAAUGGAUGUGCUGCUUAAAUGGGCAUUCAGGUGGUGCUCAGUCCCUGAGCUCGUGGGGAAUAUCUAAAUGUCUAAAGUGGGGGCAAGUCUAUGAAUAAGUCAAUAACUGUCGAUUUCCCAACAAAGUGGUACUCUUGUUUAAUUGACCCUGGUGGAGGGCUUAUGGGCAUUGUCAAUUUCCCAACUCGGAUUAGAACUCGCAACCCUUCGGAUUACCAAGUACUCACUCGACCGUUGAGUGAGGAGGAUAAGCGGUGUGACGUGAUGGGCAGGUAACACGACUGAUGCAGCAAAGCUUGUCAUGAAGUUAAAAAUGAAGAGGAAUUCGUUUUGUGUGUGGAUUUCCACACACAUAUUAGAGGUUGUUGAACAUGAACGUAUUCCUUCACAGUACAUUAAUUAUGAAGAUGUGGAGAACGUAAUUUAAGGGCACAUAUCAUGAGUUCCACACAUGUGCAGCAUGUCUAUCACAGCCUUGUUGAAUUUUAAGUGUUUCGCUUUGACCAAUGCCAUCAGUGUGGCGACAAACGACAAUGGAUGACCUCCCAAUGGUUCAAAAAGCAGCACAAUCUGAGAUGGUUAACUCUGUCUCCAUGUAUAACAUCUCUAUACCCUAUCUGUGUCAUCUUACUGUACCACAUGUUUAUGUGUACAGUAUAGUAUAUAGGCAAUGUGCCAUCCACUUGCUUUUCCUUAUACUUAAAAUUAGUUUAUGCAUCAUACAUUUUAAUGUUUUGAAAGGUUCUUCUGUUUCUAAAUAUAUUCUAAAUGAUAACAACUCAUAUGCAAAUGAAAUACGUUACUAUUAAUUAUGGAAACAUUCUUAAUUUAAAUUUGCGUCAGUACUCCACGUGUACAGUGUGAUGAAAUGUGGUGUAAAAUGUUGAGGUAAAAUUAUAAAAUAUGUGUAAUAUCUUAUUUUAGACGAGUAAAGGCUUGUUUCUGGGCAGAAAAUGUCAUCGGAUUUUACGACUUGUUGUUUGGCAAGUGGUCUGAACCCCAAACUGAGGACAUUGCAAGUCCUUAAAAGGGACUAAUGCACUUAAACUUAGUGCCUCCUACUAUGCCUGGGUGACAGAAGCUGAAGACAUGUUGCAGAGGAGGAAUAUCCCAAUACAGCCUCACAGCAUUCCAUGGGCAUCCUGUCAAGAAGGGGCUGUUUAAGCAAAAGUUAAGACAGAACGUUACCUUGCCACAUUUAACUCACAUAUGAGUGUGGCACAUGAGGAAUGAACCACUCUUUUAAUUAUUUCCUCGUGCAGCAAGGGAGUAAAGUGUGGUUUUGUGACAGUCCGUAUGUGCUGUGCAGUACAUCAAUGCACGUGUGUACACCAGCAUGCGAUGACUGAGUUGGGCCUGUGGGUGGCUGGCAGGGUUAUUGAUUAACCGGACUUGUACACCAGUCACGUGGUUAAUGGCGACUCGGUUGAGGAUUGCUGUGUGUGACACACGUGCUGUUGCAUUUUACAGAUAAAGGACCCAAAGGUUGUUUUUGAUCGUUAUAGAAAUGUUUUAGACUUGUUCUAGACUUCAAGCUUGGCUUUGAAAUGUUAGUUUGUAAUAUAUUCAAUAGGAGGGGUUUCAGCACUGUGCACUGUAAAUGAUGAUGUACUGUAGUUAAUACUUGUAAUUAUCUAACCCUAAUACUGUUUAUUCUACAACCACGCCCAUGCACCCAGAGUAUGACUACUUGCAAUGCUAUUGAGAAUAGAACACAUUUAUAGUAGUAAGUUGUACAAUGGUGACAAGUGCAUUACGUAUACGGUACACAUACAGUACCGAUAAUGGGUGUAAGAUACAGAUAUAAGUGGAUGGUAUAGAUAGACCUACAGCUUAGGAUUAAAGUAAUAUUUGAAUAGUAAAGUGCAAGGGUUAUUGUCAAAGACAAAGAUGGUUUUUUACAGUAGUAGAAUUUGGUUUAAGAGAAACUGUUAUUGAUUAACGAGACUUGUACACCAGUCACGUGGUUAAUGGCGACUCGAUUGCGGAUUGCUGUG